CGGCGGCUGCGCAAGAUGGCGGCGUCCGUGGGCUUGUUACUGCGGCGAGUGCUGACCCCGUGCCGCCGGUGGGCCUUGCCCGGGCUCCAGCAGUGUCCCGCCGCCGCUCCGCUGUGCGCCGCGCCGCCUGCCCGCCUCUACGCCGCCGCCGCCGCCAAAAAUACAAAAAGAGGCUCGCAAAAGGCCAAGAAGGAAGAAGCCCAGAAGAAAAAAGGACGUGGCAGGCGGCUGUUGCUGAGCAAGCCUGUGGAUGAUGUGUACUUGACGUGGUACUACGAGCGACCGUCCUACCAUGUAGAAGAAGCUGUGGGUAUGUUAAAGAAAUUUCAGGAACUGGACUUCACAUACCCAAAACAGUUUGUGUAUAUUAAUGUGACCCUAGAUAUGGAACUGCAGAAGAAGAAAAAAGUGGAUCAGUUUGCAAGCAUUGUUCUUCUUCCAUACCGCUUUACAGAUGAGACAAAUAAGGUCUUGGUUUUCACGGAGAAUGAGCAAGAAGCUGAAAUAGCUCGAGAGAAUGGAGCUGCUGUUGUAGGAGGCAUUGAAUUAAUCAAAUGGAUUUUGGAAGAAGAAAUUCAAGUGGAUUUCUACAUAGCUGUUCCUGCAAUAAUGCCUAAACUGAUACCAUUAAGGAGCAAGCUAAAACAAAAAUACCCCAGCACAAAAAGAAAUUCCCUGGGCCAUGAUAUUCCCAAAAUGCUACAGUUCUUCAGAGAAGGUCUUGAGUACAAGGUACAAGAUGAGCAUCUAAUCAAGACAAGGAUAGCAAGACUGGAUAUGCCUACUGAGCAGAUCGUUGCCAAUUUGAAAACAAUUAUUGAGGAUAUCUGCAAGUUCAAACCAUCAAGUGCUGGUCCCUUUGUGAAGAAGCUGGUUAUUAGAUCUUCAACCAGUGAGGGUUUACUAUUGAACCUUGAUGGACUUCUCCCUGAAGCAGAGAAAGUAGAAGAAAAAGAAGAAGAAACUGCAGAAGAUGAAGAAAAACCUGUCCAAGAGUCUGUUAGUACCUGAUGCCUUUCCUUGUGCGUCUGAUCAAGUUUGAAAACCAGAUGGUGUUGUUCAAAUCAUAUUAUGUGAAAAGAAAAAAAAAAUAAAUCUGUGACUCUGAUUUUUAAAAAUCUGUGUGACAAGAAAUUGUCAGAAACAGGAGUUUGUUGUCAAAACUGAAGAUGUCUUAGGCUCUUAGGCUUUUUCUGUUGGUAACUGCAAGCUUCCUAAUUUGCAUCUAGUGUUUUCUUUGCAUGUGAUUAUUCUUAGUCUGAUUUUUGUUCUGCAAACUCUGAGUUAUCACCAUCCAAUUGCCACAGUUAGAGCUGAAAGACCAGCACACAUUGUAUCCAUAGUGCUGGGUUUUCUACUUUGUGGAAAUUGCGGAAUGUUCAAUACUUCUGUACUUCAGGCUCAGUCCCACACAGAGAAACUAAUGCAGUUCCUUGUGGGAAGCUGCUGUAUAACUUGCGAGGAGAAGGAAGCUAGGUUUUAAUUUACUGUCCUGUUUUCUGUGGAAUCAGGGAUGAAUUUGCUCUUAGGUUGGUGGGAGUUGCAUCUUCUUGGUGCUUGUGGUAUCCAACUUUGUUUUCAUGAAAUAUAGAUACUGAAGUGAUAUGCAGAGAAUUGCUGCUUCACUAGGCACGCUGAAGCUACCUCCUGCUUCUGAAUGCAGGAUAGUCUUUGUGACAUACUGUAGUAGUUGAUAUCUUUUUUUGUUUUCACGCAGAAAAAAGUGGGAUAUCUUAUGUGAGAAGAGUGAUUGUGCAACAUUUUGAGUAACAUUUAAUCCAUGUGUAACUGAUUAUGCCUCUGAAGGAAUCCAGUUAGUGCUUGUAAUAUGCAGGGAAGAGAUACUGCAUCUAGAAUCCUAGAUCCUAGGAUCCUGGAAUCAUAGACUAUCCUGAGUUGGAAGGGAUUCACAAGGAUCAUAGCAUCCACCUCCUGGCUUUACCCAGGAGCACCUAAAAGUGAAACCUUAUUUUUAGAGCGAUGUUCAAAUGCUCUUUGAACUCUAGCAGCUUGGUGCUGUAACCACUGCCCUAGGGAGCCUCAUCUAGUGUCUGACCACCUCUGGUGAAGAACCUUUUCCUAAAACCCAGCCUGACCUUUCUCUAACUGUCAUAUAUUAAACUACUUUCGGGUGAAACCUGAGUGAAGAUCCAAAAGUUAUGUAUCAAUUUGUUGUCUGCCAUGAAGAUAUAAAAGUUCUUUUGACAGCCCUUGCAGAUAACUGCUUGGGGUAAGUGAAUGGGCUUGAAGUUGAGAAGGCUUCACAACAAUAAUAGAUCCUUUGGUACAGGUAACUCAUAAGAAUACUUGUGUGCUAUGCUUCAUGUUGAGACUUUACCUAAAAAUGCUGACUGAUGCUUUAUGAGGAUUUAUGGUGUUUCUGUAUGGGGAUGGAAAGCAUGUGAGAGGAGCAGUGAAUCAUUAAGAGGUGAGGGCUGUGUGCUUGGUUAGCUAUUGUGGAGGUGCAGUGGCCCCUGUAGGUAGAAGCUCCCCAUGCUGCCAUUGUUUGCAGAACUGGGGGAGAAAGGCUGUGGAGUCCCUUUUGGUUAUUCACUAGCUUAACUUGUUCCUCUGACUCUUAAUAUCUGUGAAUACCACUUAGAUUUGGUGGAAAAUCUUGAAAGCUAAGACUUCGUAACUGAAACAGAACUUUGUUAGGAAUAGCACAGUCUGAUGUGCUAGGUUGCCGACUAAUUAAUCAUCCUCUUGAUGAGAAUUGAGCUCUUAAAUGUUGCGAAGUUGAGCCUUCAAAUAUAGUUAACUUGAUGUUCUUUGGAUCUAGUUGGUAUGGUAAAACCGAAACUUUUUUUUUUUUUUGCAACAGGUAGUAAUCAUUAUGCUCCUAGCAUGAUCCUGCUGUUGUGCUGACUUUAACUACAGUGUGGCAGUUACUUUGACUUGUUAUUGUAUCUACUUUUUUUUUUUUUCCCCAGCGUUCUUAAAUAUGAACUGAAGACUAGAGCAGACUAAAAGCGCGUGUUUUUCCACCUCACUGUGGAAUGUUUCCAAGCUUGCUUCACGUUGUUUCCAGCAGGUGGCAUUCUUGUUCCCACUCUUUCUUAGAGAAAGUGUUUCUCUAUGGUUUUUUCAUUCUUUCUUCUUAGGCAUGUGCUAGUAGAAAUGCAUCCAAAACAAUUAAUACGAGUCCAAGAAGGAUCAACUAUGUGAAAGCAGAUAAGGUUAUCUGAACUUUAUAGGUUUGCUUGUUUUGGGGGUUUUAACUAAUUCUUUUUAUUGGAGAUAAGGAUGUGGCUUGUCUCUUUUUUUUUAGUGGGGUUACACAUGUCUGCUUUGAAAUUGUUGCAUCCCCAUCUGAAGCAUUUUGCUGCUGUCAGGGAGGAUGCUUGAUGCAUUGCUCUUAGGCCACACUGCUGUGUUUUUAAAUAAGUGGAGUGCUUUACGCAGUUUAACCAGAAAAUUGUCUUAAGGGUAAAGGAAGGUUUCAUCCUGACUUCAGCUGACUUAUGCAUACAUUCAGCCUUAUAACUUUUUUUUUUUUUUGGCUGUGGGCUCUGCUCCUACAACUUGUAGGAAAAAAAUGAAGUUCAACCAGUGUUGGUUAUGGAAGUGAAGAGUUGGUGCGACUAGCAAGAAUGUUGUGUUGAAUGUAUUCAGUAAUGUUACCUGACCUAUACAUCUAGCUUGAUCUGAUUCAACUUAUCAAGAAAUGACAUGUUGUAUGGGGAGAUGCUUACUUGCCCCUGCAGAAACGUGUGUAUUUCUGAUCAACUGAGACAGAAAAGACAAAUUUCUGAAGAGGAGGGCAGAUAGUUUUUUUUUUUUUUUUUUUUUUCCAAGUGUUUAAGGUUUUUUUUUUUUUAAAGGUUUAAGGAAUUUUCUUCUCUCUACGCUAUGCUUUAAAUAGCUGCUGUGCUUAUCACUGGUGUCUGUGUGUGGCUAAGUCUAGCUUAUGCCAGUGUAGAGUGGAAGAGCAACUUAUUCUGCAACAGAAGGCUGACCUCUGCCAAGCUUUUCUUGGAUCAUGUUCUGCAAGCUCCUUGCCUGCACUAUAUCUGUCUUCAUUAGCUAAAGUAUAGCGUAGUGUACAGCAACAUCAUUUAUACUGUAACCUUUUUUCAUUUGGAGGUUGUGUUGAGAGUACAUGCUUGUAUGAGCAGGGAAGAGCAAAGCAUGGGAGGUGUGCUUUGUUUUGAGGAUGUCUCUCUUAAGCUUCAGUGCAUCUCAAAUGGAUCAUGAACAACUGAUUAACACUUUGAAUUUUAGGGGGGGGAAAAAAGGACAUUUUAUAGGGUCUAGAUGUGUGGUUUAGAAGAUGGAUGAUUGUUUCUUUUUUAAGUGGUAUUCAAGCAUAAAUAUACAGGUGAACUUAUCUCAGCCUUUGACUGCUGAGGGUACUUUAAGAGAAUUAAAACUAGGGAAUUUGUGUAUUCCUGUAAAAAGGCAUACUUAAAAACUUGAAUGCUAUGGCAGUACUAAAAAUGUGAAUCUCUAGAGGUCAGGUGAACAAAAAAAGCUAAUGAACUCAUCUAACUUUAAGCUGCAUUUAUUCAGGUAUAACCUUUGCAUGUUGUAAUGUUACUAACUGAGGUAGUAACAAUGUCCCUAGUUAGUAUAAUACUGAAAUGGCAUUAUGCAAAUAUUAUGUAAUAUUGUGAUUUUAUCCUGAAAUACUUUAUUGGACUGGAAGAGAGAUGAAAAGAAGAAAGACAACAUGUGGUUAUUCCCAUUUAACAAGCUUAGUCUAAAAACAUGCGGACUGGGAAUUGUUGUACAUUUGUUUCUUGUGCCAGUAUGCCUUAGAAAUCCAUUUAAUUGCUAAAGUAAGCAUAACUAAGAUGGCAUUUCUUGCUUCUGGAAAUGAAUACUAGUGUACUAUUUGCUCAGUUUGUUUUUGUAGUGCCUUAGUGGUUUCUGAUCAGUUAGAGCAUUACAUGAAACUGUUUAUCUGCCCUGAAUGUUAAGUUAUUGGAAGUCAAGUAAGAUAAGAGGCAACCUUUUACGAGAUCUUCUGUUGAUGAAUGCUUAAUACCUCCUUUGGUAGGUAAGCAGAGCACAGAUCUUCUAUCAAAAGCAAAACUGCAUUAAUGCAGUCCUAGCCUACAGAAAUGCAUGGCAAAGCAAAAGAUGAUGUGUUACAAGGCAAUAACCUGCCUGCACUGUUUUUGUGUGAUGUUGCUUGCAGUAAGUACAAACAUAUUUUAAGUAAGUUUUUAAUGAAGGGUACUCCAAGUAAACUCUUAAUACGAAGUUAAACUUGAGAGCAGCUACUUUUGGUUGCUGUAGAGCAGUUGACAAGUCUCUACAUGGUAUUUUCUGUUAACAAACCAUACUUUGCUGUGCAUGUAUUGCCAUCAGCAAGAAGUAGAGAUGCCUGGGAAAGUGGAUAGAAGGACAAGGAGAUCUUUGAUUACACAGCUCAAGUGAACAAUGCUCACCAGAGUAUCCAAUUCUUCUCCCAAAGUGUUUUCUGUUCUUCAAUCUAUCCUGUCCAACUUUGCUUAGCGUAAUCCAAGUUCUGCUGAAUUUGGUUGGCAACUGCAUUCCAGCCAAAAAUAUGUAUUGAGGAAGAAUUAGGUUACUAAAUUGAAGAUCAUUCUCUCUUUGCUUCCACAAGUGUGCUAUGAGUAUAAGAAACCAGGAUGUGAUAUAUGGCACUUGGAAUAGGCACUGUUUGAGUAUUGAAAAAUGUUCCCUGUAGAAGUGAGUGUUGCAAUACACUUAGUAAUGCAAAUGAUGUACAAUUGCUUUUUAAAUUACUGUAUGUGAGGCUGCUGUUACUUUAAUGACGGAGAAGCAGGCAAAGAACUGAAAUUCACAGUUGAUACUUACAGAAGUAUGUGCCCAAACAUGGAAGAAAUUACGAUGGAAACAUGCAUGCAGUUGUGGGGAAUGAAGGAUUCACAGCAUAAACCUGGACUUGUAUGGGAAUUAGUUGCACUCCAGAAAGUUUCAAUCUGUGUAGGUCAAACUGAGUUCACAGAGCUGUUGCUGUAAACUAUGGAAUGGAGGUGAAGUUACAGUAGGGUAGGGAUAUUGCAAAUACAGUGUUAAACCUGAUGCAAGGAAGGCUAGCUGCUCCAUACUCACUGGGAAUUUUUCCAGGCUGCUCACUGUUGGAAGUAACACUAGUCUCACAGUUGCUGUUCUGUUGUACUGUAAUAGCAGAAAUGUCCGAAAUGUCAGCCUUGUGUGCAUCCAGAACUUGACUUUCUUGCUAAUUUUCCCAGAAUAGGAGCUGCCAAGUUAUACUUCAUGUAUAUCUGUAUCUGCUCUUAUAGGUAGGCUUGUAUAGAUAUCACACCGAGCACUUAAUAUGAAGCCUACAACACUGCUUGGAAAGAUCUGGAAACAGCAUGCUGCUUAGCCAGAUGAUGUCACUGGUGAAGUCUUGUGCAAACAUCUAAUUGUGCCUGCAAGGAGUAAAGACUUUCUAAAUGCUGAGGUAGGCUUUAUUUUAACAUGACAUGCAUAGAAACAGUAAAAAGGUCGAGGAAAUUCUGUCAUUAAUGAAGUCCUUGACUAACAACAGAGUUGAUUUUUAGGUAUGCUCAUCAACAUCUAAGGCUUGGUACUGCCUUUGAUCGGUGGCUUUCAAUACUGGUUGCUUGUUCUAUGGUUGCAUACAGACACAGUGGGGAGUGCUCUACCACAUAGCAGAAGCAGGUACUCACUGGGGAGGGUUUUGAGAACAAAGAUCAGGCUUUCUGCUAGAACAGCCUGUGAAAAGUGUAGAAGUAAUCAAGAAACUGUACGGUUUGAAGUCAAACAUGAGGUGAAGAUUUCUAUAGCUCCAAGAGUACUUGCAAAACAAGGGUAAAAACGCAUUCUUCCAAAAUUGCUGGGAAGAGGGAAAUUCUGAAUUAAGGUGAGUUACUGCAAGUGGUAAUUGUGCAAUGCCUUGUCACUCGUGUGACCAAGGCAGAUAUAUGUGAGGGCUGUGGCAGUGGGAAAGUUUGCUUGGUGUGACCCUCUGUGGAAGCAGGACUCUUUACAGCUGAGCUCCUUUGAGGUUGGUAUCUUUAUAUUAUGUACCUGUGCUGAAGUUUUUCAUUAAAACUGCAGUGUGAAUAGUGUUUGUGGGUAUUGUUAAUGUGGAGAAACAUUAGAAUGAUUGUUUCCCUAGCUAAAGAAAGCUUAACAAAAAAUUCAACCCCUGAAAUGUACUUUUUUUUUUUUUUCCAAUAGAAAGGGUAGUGGUUAACAGGUAUGUUCUUUCUUGAAAGUUUCAUCUGUCUUUCCAGCAGGAGGAGUCCUGUGAUUACAGUGCAGCAAGACGAUAGGAUAAAUAACUGGAAUGGAAAUAAAGGAGCAGUAAGGCAAAUAGUAUUUCAGUUUCUUUUAAUAUGCUUAUUUGUAGGAGGCCAGUAAAAUAUUGUUUUCCAACAGUAGUUGGAAAGUUUGGUUAUGAGAAGAACAAAACUGGAAGGGACCUGCAGUUAGCCUUCAGAAAAGAUGGCAUUCUAACAAGGUGGGUGGUGACUUUACACCAGAGGUGCCCUGUGGAAAAACCUUACUUCAGGGGUUCUGAGCCUUUGCAAGCACAUUGUCUUUCACGGGGAUUUUCCAGGCGUAUUUAUUCUUUCCUUUCAGGGUUUAUUGGAUUUCGGGGACUGGAACAAGAACGGAUUUCUAGCUGGCUCAAAGUACAUACGAGUUCUGUGUAGUAGAAAGACAAUUACUUCUAAGGCUUCUGGAAAAUGCAUGCUAGAAUGGUUUCCACUGCAUUGUUUGAUGGUCUAUGUGCUUUGCUAGCCCGGUGCUGCAGGACUGACUGCAAUUGUGCUGGAGAGCUGUUCUGAAUGAGAGUAGGCAAUCAGAUGCUUCAUUGAAGCUGAAGUCCAGGUGUGUGUGUGCUGUUCAACAUGUGUAUCACACAUCUGUGCAGGCUAUCCCUAGCUGAAAUGGAGGCACACUUAUAAAGAGAAGUGAGGACAUUUUGAUGAGUACUCAGUUUGGGAAAUGCUUUUCCUCCUUUUCGUGGAGUUUUCUGACAGGAUUGUGCAUUGACGAGGAGGCAACAAAAGCUCAAGUUUUUCAUUUUUCAGGAGAAAUAUUUCUCAAAUAUCUCUUUUUCAAAAUAAUUCAGCAUUGAAUUAUAGUGGCUUGAGAUGUGUAUUACCUUAAAGCAUAACCUCAAUGUAUUUUGAAGACUUUCGUUAACAAACUUUCUCUACUAUGCAUAGUGUACGAAAGUAAUCUCUCAUUAUUCCUUGUCUGUGUGCAGUGACAUUGAGAAAAGAUUGCAUUUCCUUUGUUCCAGUGGUGGUUUGUAGUCUUGGAUUUUAUAGAUAUUGGAUACUGUAAAGUAAUAAUACACAUACUAUGCUGAAAUUCCAGACCCUGGAAUGAAGAAUGUUCUUAAAGCUUAUUAGAAUGGCAUUCUAACUGUCAUUUCCUUUCAAAAGCCUAUGUGAAAGGGUAUUGGAAAGGCUACAGAAUUUGGAAAACUUAAAACUGAAAUCAAGGACAGGUUUUGUAUCCCAGUCUGUUGGGCCACAGACUUAGUCAACAUGAUAAAAAUACUUCUGUCCUCUCCAAAUAUACGUACUUAGAUGAGCAAAAUUGCUUUAUUUAUUUGACAAGACUGAAAUGCAACACGUAGUAGUCAAAGAUGGGUAGGUUGUAUCAGGCUUUGUGCUGUGUGAGAGCAAGUUUUAUCACAGUAUCAGAAUAUUAUGAAAGGAAGCUUUAUUUUUUUCCCUUGGUCAGAUAAAACCUAUUCAGUGCUUCAUCUAUAACUUAGGUUAGAAGGAAUCCUUUUAAGAACACAUUAAAGUCAAGCCAAGCUUCUUGUCAAUGGAGUGUCUCAACAUGUUAGGGAAUGAAGGUAAGUCCUCUUCCAAAAGAAACCUUGUGCCACUUAAUACCAUCUCUGUUUUUCAUGUGAGAACUGUGAUUUACUUAGGGCACAGUUACAGCCUCUGGUGCAUUACUGUUGUAUGCCAAGAAAAAUAUCCACUGGUAGAGAUUUUUGUUGAAUUUUGACAGAGCUGCUGCUUGGAAUUCAGCACAGCACUGUUAUCAAAGAUGAAUUGUUUCUGCCAUUUAAUAUUUGUUAGAAGAGUUGCAUUGGAUGUGUGCUUUUUUCACUCCAGGGAAGGGAAGGAGGUACAGUGCAAUUUCAUUGUGGAUUGUUUGUAUCUGUAGCCGUUGGUUUCUUGCUCUUCAAUUUUCUCUAUGGAAUUUAUUUUUUUUCACCCAGAGACACUAAAACCUCUGAUUUGUACAAGCGCAGUAGAGAGACUGUUCUUGUCUGAAUAAGGUCAAUUUAUUUUACUGCUUUGUGACUUUAUCAGGUCAAAUUAUCUUCAGAGAAGAUAGAGCAGAAUUAGACCUAAGUUGCCUCUUCCUCCUCCUCUCCUCCAAAUUAAAAAUCAGGUGUGGCAAAACAGAAAAAUCUGUUUCAUAGUUGUCUAUAUGCUGCUUUUUGAGUUAUUCCAAAAAGCAACUGGCUUCAUAGGAGACUUCUGUUAAUUUAGCAAGUUCCUAGGUGGAGGUUGCAGUCAUCUUUGGAAGGUGUAACUCGCAGAUUUCCAAGUCUGGGCCAUGUGGGCUAAACUCAAAGAAAUCCAACAAGCCUGAGAAGACUCUUCAGCCUCUUAAGCUGUUCUGUGUGUAUGUGCCACCAUGUGCUCAGUUUUCAAUGGACGUAAGGACGUAAGUCAUGACUUAUCUGAUACAAACUAGUGUUUUGCAUGCCGAAUUGAAAAAUGGUGCCUAAAGACAAAUGCAUAGAGAACUGGCCUCAGAUUAGAGAUCUGAUUUGAAGUAUGCUUAAAAAAACAAAACAAAACAACAACAAAAAAAAAACAACCACACAUUAUUAAAAUCUCCAUGGAUUUUUCUGCUCCUGUUUCUGAGAUAUGUGGCUCCAGAUGACAGUUGGGUUACUGCUUUGCAAGAUGUGUACUUACAGUCUUACUAAAAUUCAGUUUCUCUAGAUAGUCUAGUUCUGUUAUUUACAUUGCUGUUAACUGGUAAAUAGACUUGAAAUGGGAAAGUUGGAUUUCUGUUGAAUUAGGGGUUAAAAAAAUGCAGAUGUGAAAGAGAAGACUAUACAAAACAUACAAUUUAUGAGGCCUUGGUGCAAAACUUGGAAUAUUUUUCUUUUAAAUAUCUUUGUUUUCCAGGAUCCUAAUGAAGAGCAGUCUCCUCUAGAAUCACUACAUAUUUGAAAUUGUCUUGAAUUCUUUGACUGACUUGAACAGCUUCUUUGGAAUAAUGUUAGUGUAAGCUACUCUUAUGGUAAUCUUGAGUGAGUUAAAACCUGUAAUGCUAUCUGCCUUGACAGUUGAAUGGUGAAAUACAUUCUCUCUUGAUGUUAUUAAAAGUCCACACACUCGA